GUGCGGGAAGGGAGCGGGGGUGCCGUGGGAUUGGCUGCCUGCUGAUCGCGGGGCGGCGAAGCGGGAUCCGAGGCUUCGAGCUGGGCAAGGGCCCUGGUCUUCCGCCAUCCCAGACAAGCUUGCUCGGUGUCGGCUGGAGAGAGGGGAGGAAGAUCAUGUCGACGUCCAGUCACAAGGGAAAGCCACGUUUUGAUGUGUCAUUAGCGCGUCUAACUCGGCGAUUUAUGGAACUUGUCAGGAAGGCUCCUGAUGGGGUUCUUGACAUCAAUGAUGUGGCAUGGAUGCUUGGAGUGCGAAAAAGGAGGGUUUACGAUAUCACCAAUGUACUGGAUGGCAUUCAUCUGGUGAGAAAAAAAUCCAAAAACCUGAUUGAAUGGAUAGGCAAAAAUCCACAAGAAAGAUUAGCAUAUGAAGCCCAAUCUCGAAAACUGAGAAAAGAAUUGGCAGACCUAACAACGGUAGAGAAUUCUUUAGAUGAAUUAAUCAAGGACUGUGCUCAACAGUUAUACAGUUUAACAGAAGACAAAGAAAAUGCAAGACUAGCAUAUGUAACUUACAAGGACAUCCACGAUCUUCAAGCCUUCAAGGAACAGAUUGUAAUCGCAAUCAAAGCUCCCCAAGAAACGAAGCUCGAAGUCCCUAUUCCCAACGAGGAGAAAAUCCAAGUUUGUAUAAAGAGUACUGAAGGACCAAUUGACGUAUUUGUGUGUGAGAUGCAGGAAGAAUAUUGUCCUCCUAAAACGUGUGAAGAUGACACGUCCAAUGGGAAUGAAACAAUCUCCUCAACAGAUGAGGCAGUGACGUUACCACCUGAUAGAGAGAAAAACCUUAUGGAAUGAAGUGUAUAAUAUUAGUACUGAGACUAUCAAGUUACACUUUACUGAAGACUAGAACACUUCAAUGCAUUGUGGAUUUUCCAUUGUUGAACACUGAUCCAAAUGCCUAUAGAGGAGCUGGAAGAAAUGGUGUCCUGGGAGGCCAUGCAAUCUGCAUGUCUUGACAAAUUAUGCACAACCAGUUGCAAUCCAGUCUUAAUGUAUGUUAUCAAGAAAUACCAAAUGGCUUUGCACAGAAAGUAUCAUCAGCUGUCAUUUGGCAGUGAUUUGGUACAUCAGUUGAGGAGAGGUUUUGGAAAAGUGUGAUUUGCCAACUGGCUAAAAUAAGCUUUUGUAAAUAUUUUACUGGUUGAAAAUACAUCAUGACAGUGUCAAUAAACUUACAAAAUAUUACCAAUGAAUGUAUAUAAGAUUGUUUUAUGUGCUGUAAUAUCUUCAGGGUGAACACAUGAUGAGUCAAAAACAUUUUUUUUCACCAUGGUGUACAGAAUUUGUUAACUAGUGUUAUCUAUUAACCGCAGACUGUUUGUUACACGGGGUAAAAUUUGUUGCAUUUGGUCAAGAAUUAAAGGCAAAAUGCUGAAAGAACACAAGUCAAGCAGCAUCUUGGACCUGGGAAGGUUGUAAGAAGACAUGUUGUGUCAGGUUGACACCCUGCAUCAGCCGUCAGUUAGUUUCAUCCCUAAAUGGGAACUUACAAUUUUUGUCACAUGGAUGCUGCUUGACAUGCUCUGUUCUUCCGGUGUUCAUCCUGUUCCAGAUUCUAGUAUUCGCAACACUUCUGCCUUCAUUUCAGCAUUGGAUUGUCUUAGAUCCUAAAUUAAAUAACACUUCUGCAGAGAGGAUAAAGCUGUGUGUUUAUACCCCUCCCCCCACACUGACAGACCAGUGAGAACUACUUCAUAAGAAUCUUUUUGGACAGUAUUACAGUUUUUGUUUUUAAUUAAAUACAGAAAGGCCUCGUAGGUGAAAAUUUUGAAAGUCAUUAGAACAACUUUGUGUUUCUUUUUAAAAAUUAAUUUUGUUUAUCGUUUUCUGAAAUGCAUUUAUCUUGCAUUUCUCUGACACUGCCUGUCAAAUUAUCCUUGGCAGGUUACUUGGUAAUUACGUUAAACCAGCAUAUUCCUGGUUAUUUAUAUUCCUACAUAGUUUUUAAGCAAUUUUAAUUUGAUGCCUUUGGAAGUGCACUUUCCUAUGCCAUGUUGAAUGAGUAGUGUAUUUUUAAAAUUUCCCCACUGUAAUAAAAUCAUGAACUUGG